AGAAACUGAAACUUUAUUACCUGGCAGAUGAAUUUGCAUUCCAUGUCGCUUCAGAUACUUCAUGUAGGAGACACUGGUGCCAACAGGAGAGAUACUGCUGAACUUCUGUCUAAACUUUCAGAUCUUCAUAUUGGAACUGCAGAGUGUCGAAGUACAUGUGGUCCGGUAUUCACCUGCCAUUUGGGGGAACGUAGUCACCCACCCCCAUGGUAUAACGAUGAGAAGGUUCCUGCCAGAAAUGAGCCCAGCCCUGCUGCCGCUGCUGCUGUCACUGCUGGCCGGCACAUAUGUGUCUGCCAGCCCUGGACCCCUGCUGUCUCAACCUGCUUCUCAGCCCAGGCCCCUCUUCCUGUCUCAGAGGCUGGACUCUCUCCUGACCGGACACUCCCGUGAGUAUCGCCCUGUCAGAGACUGGAGGACGGUCACUGUGGUCUCCAUCGACUUCUCUGUGCAGGCUGUGCUUGACGUGGAGGAGAAGCAUGAGAAGUUAAUGUUGUACCUUCUUUACAGACAGCGCUGGCAUGACGAAUACUUGCGCUGGGACCCGGAUAACUACCAGGGGGUGAAGAGGCUGUCCGUACCGCUGGAGGAGCUCUGGAUACCGGACAUCACCGUUUACGAGAUGGUCGCGGAGGAUAAAGCCCCCAGUGUCCGUGUGGUCUAUGUGUCUCACCGUGGGCUGGUGGAGUACCGCAGACCCAUGCAGCUCACCUCCAGUUGUCCUCUAGACCUGUCCCACUUCCCUCUGGACACACAGACCUGCAACCUCACCUUCGGAACCCUCGCAGCACACACCAAGCGUGAUGUCAAGGUGAGGCUGACCGACCAGUUUGAAGAGUUCUGGAGGAACUGGGACUUCUCUGUUUUGAAGGGGGAGUGGGAGCUACUCUCCAUCAGUGUGGCUGAUUCUCAACAGCCUCUUUACAACCACCACAGCUCAGCAGUUAGGGUGCAGGUUACAGUGAGGAGACGACCUCUCUUCUACAUAGUAAACCUGAUCUUGCCCAGCGCUCUGCUCCUGCUGCUGGAUGUCCUGGGCUACCUGAUCCCUCCCUACUACAAGCAGCGGCUCAGCUACAAGUCCACUACCUUCACUGGCUACUUCAUCUUCAUCCUCAUGAUAUUCAGCCUGUUCCCCCCCUUCAGGGGCUCUCUGCCUCUCAUUGAGGUGUACCUGAUUGGCUCACUGGUGCUGCUCCUCUGUAGUGUCAUGGAAACAGUGAUGAUGUUCCAGCUGUCCAACGGGAGGAGUGAGUGGGCGAGGAAAUAUCUCUUCCCCCGCCUGUCAAAGGUUCUGGGGAGAAUCGAGAGAGAUGAGAUCAAAAACAAAGGCAAGUGCUUUCUCUGGUGAGAUUGUGGGGUCUAAGAGGUCAGGGAUGAGAGCUCCAUGUCCAUCCAUCCAUCCCUACACACACAUAAACAUGUAAGGUUUAUAAAUGAAGGGAAAUGUUGAAUUAACUACUUUGUUACACUAUAAGGAUGAGACCAAUCAUGUUCCCAAUACCAAACAUUGUAUACUCUAGUAGGCUGAGUGCUUAUGUGACUACAGUUUGUUUCUGUUAUCUUACUAAUUGAAAUUGUCAGCAAUUACUCCACUCAGGUGUAACUGCAACCAACCACAAACUACUGUCUUUUACAAGAUUACUGUGGUUAAUUCUUUACAAAAUGUCUCCUUUCCCAUACUUUCUAGUACAUGCCUUACUCAUUCUAAGCCUACGGCCAAGUGGAGUUACUGUAGCAACUUUACUUAUAACAGAGUCUCUUUCAGCAAACUGGUUUAACAUUACCUAUACACAUUCUUUCAUAUGAUUACCAACACAUUUUCACUCUGCAGA